AGCUUCUCUGGAUUUGCCGUGACGCGUAGUGUUGUCUGUGUACCUACUGAGGCGAGAGACGACUGAGGUGUCCACAUAAAGGGAAUAGGUGCUCAGAUACACUCUUAACGAUAAAGAAGCACUAUGGAUGAAGAGGAGCAGUUUGUGAACAUCGAUCUGAACGAUGACAAUAUCUGCAGUGUUUGCAAGCUAGAGACGGAAACAGGGACCUUAUCUUUCUGCCACGUCUGCUUUGAACUCAGCAUUGAAGGUGUCUCCUCUGCUACCUUGUUGCAUUCAAAGUCCCUGCGUGGCCACAGAGACUGCUUUGAGAAAUGUCAUCUCAUCGCCAAUCAGAAGCUGUCACGGUCCAAGGUCUCCCGAAGUGCCUACGAGGGCAUGAAGCUGGCCCUCAGUCAGAAACUGAACCGCAUCAUCCAGUAUGCCCAGAACAAAGACUCUGUCUCCUCCAACAGCCUCAGUAGACGAGGGACCAAGCUUCUUUGUUACAACCAGCAGAGUGACCGUAAGCUGCUGCCCCAGUCAGACGCCCAGGUGCCCCGCUACACACCCCACUGGGACACGGGCAAAGCAACAGGGCUGCCUGAUUACACCAUGGGGAUGUUGGAGUGCCACACAGCGGAAGAGCUCGGGCUGCUGCAGGAGUCACAAUCUGACGUUUGGUCCAGUGACAGCAUGACUGGACUACACGGCCGGAGCCAGUCGUCAGGAGGAGGACAGACGCAGCUCAUACACCAUGGCCACAGCAGAGACGAAUUGACUAAAAUGAAUGUGGAUGAGCUUCAUCAGCUGAAUGCCCAGUUACUGAUGCAGAUUCAAAAGGUGUUCGAGGAGCUGACUGUGGCUGUGCAGGAAAAAGACUCGUUAGCAUCAGAGCUGCACGUGCGUCACAUUGCCAUCGAGCAGCUCUUCAAGAACUGUGCCAAGCUGCCCUGGCUGCACAUUAGCAGGGCAGGGGUCAAGGCGAGCAGCAGCAGCGGCCCUGUCGAGUGAGGUGUGACGUGGGGCUUCUGUCUCUGCUGCUGGGAGGAAGCCGACAAACACUUUGGCAUGCUGGCUGCAGCGAGACUAAAAAUGCCUUUAUGUAUACUGAGUGACUUCUACGACACUAUGGUGACUGAGCUGUUAGCUCUGCAUUAGAGCAGCAUUAAGGGCUGGGUUAACAAGGCCUCCGUUCUCGUGGUUGCAGUGAUGAUACAAGGAUUAAUGUUGGUGUGCAGUUUAAAACAAGUUGCUGGUCUGACACGUGACCUGAACGCCACCCAACCCAAGUACCCAGGAUGCAUGUUAGUACCAGGUGUCCUGGCUCCAGUACAAGAUAAGGACAUGUCCUUACUGGACACGUUCCUUAACGAAUACCUUUUAAGAUUUAAUUAAACACAGACUGAAAAGUUUGUCUAAAUAAUUUCACAUGGACGGUUGCUGAUGGCUUCUUUUUUUUUUGUUUAGUUUGCUGUCAGUCAUUUUAGAUUUCAUUGGUCUGUUUCAUUUUCUGUAGAUACAUUUUUAGUUUUUCUUCUGAUUAUGUCAAACGUGGAUAUUCAAAUGUGGGUUUUAGCACUGUGUAAUACUCCUCCAUAUGCUAUCUUGUGGUUUCCUGUAGAAGGUGGUGAGCCAGUCAGAAGUUAGUUAGAAUAUUUUAUAACAUGGCAUGGGCGAACACUUGAUGCAGAUUAGUCGGAUUGUCUCCAUCAUAUUCAUACCAUCAGCCACUGCCAGCAGUAGUGUUUGAUUAUUGUACUUAUGUAAAGCGCUAACAAGGUGUAAGCUUUUUCAUGCAGCUACACACAGAAACAUGAGUUUUUGAGUAUGAGUUUUGAUUGGCCUUCCAACUGCCAAAGUUGACAUGAUAGUUUGCGAAAACAGUGGUCCUCUUGUGUUGGCAAUUUUAUUAAUCAGAUAGAAUCAACAGCAGUCGGCUACAUCUGCUGGACAAAAUGCAAAUACUUAUACAUACUAACACAAAUUAGCUGCAUUUCUUUUGAAUAAUAGAAAUAUUAUGGAAAACAUUGAAAAAUUGUUACAAAAAAUGUAACUGAAAUCAAGUACUCUUUGGAAAAGAGCAAGUGCAAGACAAGAAAGAACCUAAAGCAUCACUGCGACAAAGUGAGUGUGUGAAAUUAACAAGGCUAUAAUAGAUGUGCAGGUUUUUUCAUUGGGGUCAUUGUGACUAUCUGGGAGUGUCCAUAAACUAAUACUUUGUAACAGCUGGUUGUCAAGCAGCAAGUGGAAAUAUCAGUUAAUAUACUUACAGAUGAGAAAUAUUUUGUUUUUAACACUGAGUUUAUAAUUAUUAUUUCUGGUGAGAUUUACUUGAUAUUUAGUAAAUCAUAGCUGCUUGUUGUCUGUGGUAUAGCUGUCAAGCACAAGUCACAUGUAUGGCUAUACACUGAAUGAGCACUAUUGAAAGAAAAACCCAGCUGCCAAACCAAAGUCUGUAUUUGUUCUAUGUUUCACAUGUGAAUUGCAAGCAUUUGACUUAGAUUACAGAGCAACAUGCAAUACCAAACCGAUUUAAAAUGUGGUUUAGUGGUUUACUUCUGUGUUUGGUUCAGUGUGUGUAAUAAUGAACUAUAGAUUUUUAAUAUGGAAAUGAUUUGUUCUCUAGAACACUGUGUGUGUUUUAUGUUUUUUUUUUUUUUUUUGCUUUUUAAUUUUUUUUCAUGUUCAGUGUUAACUUAUGUCGCCCCCUCUCCUGCAUUUAUGUAUGGGAGCCCUAGUUGAUGUCAGCAAUACAAAUGGGACAGUUUGGUCUAUUGUGCCUCUGAAAGUCCCUGUUUUUUUUUUUUUUUUUUGGAACAAAAGUAGACAAAUGGUAUUAACAGUUACUAUUGUGGUUAGUUCAUUAUUCAGGAACCCUAUGCAAGAAAGAGAGAAAUAAAUCAGAAGCCUUAUUAAGUAGAAAUUAUCUGAAAGAAUAUUAGUUAUCUGAGUUUUUCUCCUAGGAGAUCAGAGCUACUCGCAUAUAAUAAGCUGGGGAAACACAAGGUUAUAAUCAGAUUGAUGUUUAGAAAAACUCAGCAUUGUCAGUGUAUCUCUUUGCUCUCUCUUUGUAAGAGAUUAAAUGUAUUUGACCCCUUUAGGGUUUAAAGUUAAAAGUUUAAGCUCCAUUUUAAACUUCUAUCUCAGUUUUAUUUGGAUGUGUAUUUAGUGUGCUUGAGUGUUUGAGAGAUUCAGAUUACUGGUCCUUGAUGCAAAAUUUUAUUUGUGUUUUAAAUAUGAAUGCUGUCUGUUUUUGUAUACUGUGGAAACAUGCCUAGGCCUGUGCCUCUGCUCAGCAGAAAAUUCAGGCUGCCUGUUCUUGUUUGUCUAUUUUGGCAGUCUCAUUAUCUUUUACUGGAGAUGUAAGCAUACCUGUUAGACAUUCACCUCCUUCCUUUUGGACUUGACUUCAUUUUUUGUUUUGUGUGAUGUUUUACAUUCUAUUUAUUGUGUGUGUUCAUGAACAUUACACGGGCUGUGUGAUUUGUGCUUAAGUGACUUUGUAUUUUUUGUAAACUGUUCCAAUAAAAUGAAAUUAUUUUUACUACAUA